AUUUCUUUCCCCUUUUUCUCUCUCUUAUCCAUUACUUAUAUACCAUGAAAGCACUUAUUCUUGUUGGAGGUUUCGGUACUCGUCUUAGACCCCUUACUCUUACACUUCCCAAGCCUCUUGUUGAAUUUGCUAAUAAGCCCAUGAUCCUUCACCAAAUCGAAAACUUAGCCAAGGCUGGUGUAACAGACAUUGUCUUGGCUGUCAAUUAUCGUCCUGAAAUCAUGGUAGCAGCCUUGAAAGAAUACGAAGCUAUCUAUAAUGUCAAGAUUACCUUUUCUGUUGAGACUGAGCCCUUAGGAACUGCUGGUCCUUUAGCCUUGGCCCGAGAUAUUUUGGCUAAAGAUGAUUCACCUUUCUUUGUGUUGAACAGUGACGUUAUUUGCGAUUAUCCUUUUGAACAAUUAAGAGACUUCCACUUGGCUCAUGGCUGUGAAGGUACAAUUACUGUGACUAAAGUUGACGACCCUUCCAAGUAUGGUGUUGUUGUUAACAAAGCUGGUUCUUCUGCUAUUGAACGUUUUGUUGAAAAGCCCAAAGAAUUUAUUUCUAACAAAAUCAAUGCCGGUAUGUACAUCUUGAACCCCUCUGUUCUGGACCGCAUCGAGUUGAAGCCAACUUCGAUUGAAAAGGAAGUGUUUCCUUUUAUUGCUCAAUCAGGACAAUUGCAUACAUUUGACCUUGAAGGCUUCUGGAUGGAUGUCGGUCAACCCAAAGACUUUUUAACAGGAACUUGUCUCUAUUUAUCUCACUUGAGUAAAAAGAAGCCCGAAGAACUUGCCAAUCCUGAAGCUGAAUUUGUUCACAAAGGCAAUGUGAUGGUGCAUCCAUCUGCCAAAAUUGGUAAAGAUUGUCGUAUUGGUCCCAAUGUUGUUGUGGGUCCCAAUGCUGUGAUCGGUGAUGGUGUUCGUCUUCAACGUUGUGUCAUUUUAGAAGGGGUUCAAAUCAAGGAUUUCGCUUGGGUCAAUUCAAGUAUCGUUGGUUGGCAUUCAACUGUUGGACGUUGGUCUCGUAUUGAAGGCUGCUCUGUCUUGGGUGACGACGUUACUGUAAAUGACGAAAUCUAUAUCAAUGGUGGUUCUAUUUUGCCUCAUAAGGGCAUUUCGUCCAACAUUACUGAGCCUCGAAUUAUCAUGUAAAUUUAUAUAUCACGUUUUCAACUAUACACAUUA